UUAAAGCCAAAACGGAGUAGUUUUAACGUGAGGAUAUAAUGGCUAUAAAAAGUCAAACCGUUUAAUCUAACGUUAAAAACUAACAGAGGGGUCCAAAGUGAGAGCAAAUGGAAGUUCAGGAGUCCAAAAUGAGAGAUUUGGAAGUUCUGGGAAAUCUGUAAAAUCGGGUGGAAGUUCAGAGGGGCUUACUGAAGUUUCCCAAAACAAAAAUGUUCUAACAGAGUAACUAAUGGUUGUGAUAUCUUGAUACAUUAAGAAGCAUAGCUUUCACUUAAGGCAACUUCGCUUUUUCUUUUUCUUUUACUUUUUUACUUUCCUCUUCCAAUUUCCUCCUUGAAUAAAAUAACCUUUCAAAGAUGCUUUGGACAGGUUACAUUGCUGGAGAAGACUAGGCUGCAACUUAAGAUGAUUAUUGGGCACAUUGACUUUCAAAAAGUGUUUGCACCAUCUACAAUCGCAGCGAUUUUCGGGUUUAUCAUCGGACUAGUCUCUCCAAUUCGAAAGAUACUGAUUGGUGAUGAUGCUCCUCUUCGUGCCGUCUACAGUUCUGUGAGUUUGAUAGGGGAUGCAGCAAUACCAUGUAUGACACUAAUAAUUGGAGCAAACCUUCUUAGAGGUCUCAGAGGCUCUGGAGUAGGUCCAUUAAUUAUUCUAGGGGUUAUUGCAAUUCGGUACAUUAUCAUGCCUUUACUGGGUAUUGUAAUUGUUAAGGCUGCAAACCAUUUUGGCAUGGUGGACUCAGAUUCAUUAUUUCAGUUUACACUUAUGCUUCAAUAUGCACUUCCACCCGCAAUGAAUGUAGGUACAAUUUCUCAAUUGCUUGAGACUGGACAGAACGAAUGCUCUAUCAUUUUCCUAUGGACUUAUGCUGUGGCAGCAUUCGCUCUAACACUCUGGUCAACCAUCUUCAUGUUCGUUGUUGCUUAAUCAGAUUAUUUGCAUAAAUUGAUCAAAUUACAAUGAGAAGCUUAAUUACCUUCUUUUGUUACUAUUUAUUCUGUACAAUUUUGAGAGGAAUUUUGUAAAACAUCAAGAGUUAAAUAUAAUACUGAGCAUACUCUUUGUUAGAUCUACUCAAAGGGAUCUACAAGCUAA